UUUCAUCCUCAAAUGAAAUACUAUCGACGGUCAAGAAAACGUUUCACUCUUCACACGGAUCACUCUUUUCAACCGUCCAUGAAAAGUAUCAUCCUACGGCUAAAAAUGGAUCAUAAAAAAGCUUGGCUUCGAAUUCUCUCCCUUAUAUAUACGCCCCAAAACCCAAUCCCGUUUCAUCUCGUCUUUAACUUUUAUAAUCAUUGUUUGGUUGUCAGAGAAAAUCUUUGAGAAAAUGUCAGGAAGAGGCAAGGGAGGUAAAGGCUUGGGAAAGGGAGGAGCUAAGAGGCACAGGAAGGUUCUUAGGGACAAUAUCCAGGGAAUCACUAAACCUGCCAUUCGAAGACUCGCUCGUAGGGGAGGUGUGAAGCGUAUCAGUGGCCUUAUCUAUGAGGAAACCAGAGGAGUCCUCAAGAUCUUCUUGGAAAAUGUUAUUCGUGACGCUGUUACUUACACAGAGCACGCUCGGAGGAAGACGGUCACUGCCAUGGAUGUUGUUUAUGCUUUGAAGAGACAAGGUCGCACCCUAUACGGUUUUGGUGGUUAAUUCCCAAAACGAUUUCUGUACAAUCAAUCGGUUCCUGUCUUUUAGGGUUUUUAGGUUCUUUUCUUUUCUGGGUCUUUGGACAUAGAUUUGUUAUCUCUUACUAUCUGAUGUCAAUGUAGUCGGAAUUUGAGGAAAUGAAUCAAAAUUAUCUUAGAUUGGCUUCAAAA